AUGCCUCUACGGAAAGGCAUGCGAUUUGGCCUACCCAUUCGAAACAGGUGUUUCGUGGGUAGGGAACAACAUCUCCGCCAACUCCAGCGAUUUCUUGUCCAUAACGCAGUAACACCAUCAGGAUCUGAAAACGCUACGAGUUGCAUUUUACACUCGCAAAGUGGCUUGGGGAAGACGGAGAUAGCUGUUGAAUUUGCUUACCGAAACCGACAUUCCUUUGACUGUGUCGUCUUCCUCAAGUGUUCUACGGAAUCCGGCCUGUCAGAAGAAUUCCAAUCUCUUGCCGAAUAUCUUGGCAUCCGUGCGACAGGCUCGACGAUAGUUGAAAGGAUUAAGGAGUUAUUCGAACAAUCAAAAUUGCGAUGGCUUUUAAUUCUCGAUGAUGUUGACUUUGAACUUGACUCCCUGCUCACUAGGGGCGAGUUUGGGUCGAUUAUUGUGACAACACGGAAAGAUACAAUGUGUGAACUCGGCCAUGCGAUUACCGUCGAGCCCCUAAGCGAGAAAAAAGGGGCAGCAUUAAUGCACAGAUAUUUCGAGCAGGCGCAUCAUGGACGCCUCUCUCCUUUAUUCAAGGACCAGGAAUUGCGAGAAAUCUCAAGGAAGUUUGGAAACCAUCCUCCGUCUCUCCUGAAAGUUGUUAACGCAAGCAUCGACUAUGAAUCCUCUCACCGGAUUCUCCAGGACCUAGAUGGGCGGGACGAAAUUGCAUCUGUCGUUAGAAAGACUUCGACAAAGGCGAAAGUUAACUUCACGGAUCUUCCUAGAACCAGUCUCAACCUCCUCUUAGUAGUGUCUUUCCUUGAUGGUGACUUCAUUUCCGACGAUCUCCUAUUAUCCUCAAGGGGUAUCCCAAUCGACAUCGGCUGUGCCGAUCCCUUCAGGAUGCGAGAGACCAUCAAGUUCCUGCGGAGAAAGGGACUUAUCUGUCGACUACGAGGUGGGAUAUCAAUUGACCGCGACCUGCAGAUCGACAUUCUCUGCUGGCUAGAUAUUUUCACCGCACUCCGCGACGCGGUCUUCUCGUCUGCUUGCCAUCUUGUUCGAAGCAUGAUACCUUCAGCCGACGCACUGCAGAAUCUUGUUUCUUGCGAUUCCAACAAUGUGGUUCGUGGCGCAAUUCCUCAUGCAUUACGCUUAUACGAGAAUCUCCAUCAGACUCCUGGAAAUAAGGUAGCAUCUUCUGCACUUGCUCUUACGUUUAGCAAAGCAAGUCAAGAUUCCUGGGUUAGAACGUCAUCCAUGGAGGGAAACAUAAUAUUGAAAGCAGCCUUGGCACUUGUUCAGUCAUUCCAGUCGCAAAAAGGAACGCGAAAUGGGAUCCCGAACCAUUUCACUCACUUCGACUCCCACGGUCGAAUCGAGGAUUCACGCGACACAGCGGCAGCCCUCGAAACUGAUAUCUGCGGUUUUCUUGGCGCCGUCAGCUCCAAAAACGGGCUUGAAGAACGACAGCGAUCUAUGACCUAUCGCGGAUCAGCUCUACAAGUACGGUUGAGGUACACGAACAUGACGGACCCAACAUUUUCAGCAACCCGAGAUACGGAUCUCAUUCUUCAAAAUGCCUACUCGGAUCUCAGUUUCGGGCUGCUCUGUCAAGGAGACUUCAGUGAGGCGGAUCGUGUCAUUGAAAUGUGCCGGAGCCAUUUCGAGGGAUGGGAUCCCAAUAGAUCCGAUCUUCCGUUUCAGUAUGCGAAAUACUACCUCGUGAAGUCGUUCACAUUCAUGGCGUCUGGGGAGUCAGGCCGAGCUCUCCAGUUCUGUCAGCGAGCAAUUGAUUUUCUUAGACAAGGGCAUCAUGAUACUUGGCUUUUCUCACACUACCAAUUUGCCCAAGCGACAAUGUACUUCUAUGCUGGACAGGCGAUGAAGGCCCUGGAACUACACGAAGCCAUUCUAGCGGAGAGGUCAUCAUAUUCUCUCCCGGAAGAUGAUAUACGCUAUGUUGAGAGCGUAUAUAUGGUUGCCGCGUUAAGUUAUUUCACUGGUGCCUAUGAGCGCUCACAAAACCUAUGCGAAUCGAUUCUGGAAUAUGGAUUAGAGAACCACCCCGAAGAGUGCGCUCGACUACAAUAUAUGCUAUCUCAAGCUUACUUCAAACUCGGCAUGAUUGACGACGCAAGAAUUAUGUCGGAUAGGGCACAUCGUUUUAGAAUUCAGCGUAUAAGCCUCGUUCCCGACGAAAUCCCUAGAGCGGAAGAACCAUUAGCGAUGCACGACCACUUCUGCUCCGUCUACACUAGACUAACUAGCAAGUUAAAAUCACUAUCUGUAGGAAGAGUGGUUAGUAUCUUCUAA